CUGGCGAUCAUUUUCACGUGCACGGUCUGCGACACGCGGUCCGCGAAGAAGUUCUCCGAGCGGAGCUACCGCCACGGCGUCGUCAUCGUCAAGUGCCCGGGGUGCCAGAACCACCACCUCAUCGCCGACAACCUCGGCUUCUUCGAGGACGACCGCUGGGACGUCGAGAAGCUCGCCGCCGAGCGCGGCGACGAGAUCAACAAGGUCGACGACGACAAC